AUGUUAAAGAUUCCCGACAAUCCGACGGGAGCACUGAAACAUAGUAAAACUCGUCCGCAUAUCGACGUAGGGGACGCUAGUGGGGAACGCGUCUUUGGGGCCGUCGACAACCAGAGGCAGCAAUCUGUCGCGCCUCUUUGUGGCGCAAAGCCUUUGCCGUGGCGGCGCCAAACGUCGGACGUCCGCGUGACAAAUAGGCCGGCUCGGCUGAGCCAUUGGGGACGUGCCGGCGAGCCCCUCACGCCGACGUGCGGAGCGACGCGACUGGCGAAUGACUCUCGUCAUGGAACAACGGGCCGACGGCACUCGGGGCCACUCGCGAUGGAGAUCAAAGAAGCCGAUCGGCUGAGCGCGGGGGCAACAAUGCACGGCUGCAUAUGCAUGGGCGCCGGCGCC